UCGUGACGUGACGGAAUAUUCCGGAACAGAAACAAAAAGGUAAACAUCCACAGAGCAUGUGCGUUGUGCACAUAGCUCGCGCAUGCGCGCGCCCCCUCAUCGAGGUUGUGACAUUCGCGCGUCUCACUCUGGUUGCUAGGCUAUUUUGUCGCGUCAUCAAACACGCCAUUGUUCAGUCAAAUUUAUUCUGCCUUUUCACUUAUUCGGCCGAACACCGAAAAUGCUUUUUUUGCUAUUUUCGGCCAAGAAUUUUCAUUUCGGCCCCCUCUCUUCCAUGGUGCCACUUAGAAGCAAAGUCUUGUAUUUCAACCUCCCUCCCUGCUAUGGUGUUCUCCUCCUUCCUAUAGCCCUUUCACAACACACGGAUAAUCCAAUAGUAUGUACCUCUCUAAAAAUUUUCUAUCAGUUUCGCCGUCAUUUUAAAUCUAUCUCGGCCUCAACCAUGGCAUCAAUAUGUAAUAACCACCUCUUUCCCCCCUCCUUUAUAGAUUCCACAUUCUCUUUGUGGGAAAAGAAGGGUCUGAAAUGCUUUGAGGAUCUUUUCAUUAAUAAUGUGUUUGCAAACUUUUCUGAGUUGUCCUCGUCAUUCAGUCUGCCUCCGUCUCACAUAUUCCGUUUCUUUCAAAUUAGGCAUUGUGUCUCCCCCCUAUUCGCUGGUUUUCCCUCCUUACCUACAAAGUCUGCAUGGGAAGAGGUGUUCAAGCUGAAUCCUCAUAAGGGUGGCAUUAUCUCACGGAUAUAUGCAACGAUCUGGUCACAGGACGAUUUUUACAAUAUCAAAACCAUUAGUGCUUGGGAAGAGGAAUUGGGCCUGGAGCUUGAGGAUGAUUACUGGGGCAGAGCGUUAGAUAAUAUACGUACCACCACGUCCUGUGCUAGACUUAGUUUCAUACAAUUUAAAGUGGUCCACAGAGCUCACCUCUCUAGGAGUAAACUGUCUAAAAUAUAUCCCAAUGUUCCUGACAUGUGUGAAAAAUGUAAACUUUCGCCCUGUAACCUGAGUCAUAUGUUUGCACUCUGUCCCAAACUGCAGAACUUUUGGAACUCUUUCUUUGAAACUAUGUCCGACGUUCUUAAAAUCAAACUGGAUGUCUGUCCUUUAAUUGCCAUCUUUGGUGUUUCAUCUCAGCAUCAGCCGCUGAACCAUAAACAAGCUAGUGUUGUGGCCUUUGCAUCGUUACUUGCUCGGCACAGAAUAUUGUUGUCUUGGACUCCACAACUCAACUCCACAACCCCCCUCUAUAUCAGUCUGGCUUAAAGACUUAAUGUUCUUUUUAAAACUUGAAAAAAUCAAGUACAACAUCAGAGGCAGGGGUGACUCAUUUUUGGGAAAAUGGAAACAAUUUAUUACCUACUUUAAUGAUGUACGCACCCUGGAGGUGGAUUGAGGAGAGGUAGACGGUAGACACUAAUCAUCUUACCUUUUUUUUUUUUUUCUUUGAAUGUUUGUUUGUUAUUGUCUUUUGUUUCCCCCUUUCUUUUGGUUUUUGGCUGUGGUUGUUUUGUUGGGGUUGUUGGAUGUGGUGUUAUAAUGUGUAAAAUGUAAAUUUCCAAUAAAAAUUCUAUGAUAAAAAAAAACAUUCGCAAUAGGCCUAUGUACAACCCCAAUUACGAAAAAGUUGGGACAGUAUUGAAAUUGCUAAUAAAAACAAAGAUUUGUAAAUGUACAUUGACUUGUAUUUAAACAAAAAAAUGUAUAACGACAAGGUAUUUGAUGUUUUACCUAAUCAACUGUAUAUUUUUUUGAAGGUAAAAGUUUAUUUUGAAUUUGAUGCAUGAAAGACGUUCCAAAAAACUUCGGACAGGGGCGAUUUAGGACUAAUAGAGAUGUGACAAGUUGAAAUAAGAAGGUGAUGUGAAACAGGUAAGGCAAUUGUCUAAUCAUAGUAUAUGAGGUGUCUCCAAAAAAGACCUAGUCCUUCAAGAGUAAGGAUGGGUCAAGGCUUACCAAUCUGCCAAGAGAUGCGUCAGUGAAUAAUCAACACUUUGAGAACAACAUUCCCCAAAGACAAAUCGGUAGUAUUUUGGGCAUUUCACCUUCUACAGUGCACAAUAUAAUUAAAAGAUUCAAGGAAUCCGGUCAAAUCUCUGUGCAUUAAGGGCAAGGCCGCAAACCACUUCUGUAUGCACAUGAUCUCCGAUCCCUCAGAUGUCAUCGUCUUAAUAAAUGUCAUGAACCUGUAAAGGAUAUCCUGACAUGGGCUCAGGAACACUUUCGUAAACCUAUCUCAGUCAACGCCAUUUGCCGCUGCAUCCACAGAUGCAAGUUAAGGCUUUACUAUGCAAAGCUCAAGCCAUACAUCAACACUGUCCAGAAGCGACUUCUCUGGGCUCCAUCUCAUCUGAGAUUGACAGUAGCACAGUGGAAUCAUGUUUUGUGGUCCGACAAAUCAACAAUUCAAAUAGUUUUUGGACAAAACAGCCGUCAUACUCUCCGGGCCAAAGAGGAAAAGGACCAUCCAAGCUGUUAUCAGUGUCAGGUCCAAAAGCCAGCAUCUGUCAUGGUAUAGGGGUUUGUCAGUGCCCAUGUCAUGGGUAACUUCUACAUCUGUGAGAGCACCAUUAAUGCAGAAAGAUAUGUUCACAUUUUGGAGCAACAUAUGCUACCAUCCAGAUGUCGUCUUUUCCAGGGAUGUCCCUGCAUUUUGCAGAAGGACAACACCAAACCACAUUCUGCCUGGAUUACAAGCGCAUAGUUGCAUAAGCAGAGAGUGCAGGUACUAGCAUGGCCUGUCUGCAGUCCUGCAGCCAAAAUAAGGCAACUAAGGCCCUGUACAUGCAUGAAGAAAUGCAUGAUGGAUGAAUGGGGAAAAUUCCCCUUGCUAAACUUAAGCAACUGGUGUCUUCAGUGCCCAAACGCUUAAUAAGUGUAAAAGAAAAUGUGUUGUUACACAGUGGUAAACAGUCGACUGUCCCAACUUUUUUUGCAGUGUGUUGCAGUCAGAUUUGAAAUGAGUGUAUAUUUUAAAAAAUAAAUUAAAUUCACAAAGUAAAACAUGAAAUAAUGUGUUAAUAACGUAUUUUCAGUAUUGUACAGGGUGAAUUGAAGUUUCAAAUGACUCUUUUUGUUUGUUUGUUUGCAUUUUCCAUACUAUCAAAACAUUUUCGGAAUUGGGGUUGUACAUUUUGGGGUAUGUUUGUUGUUUUUUGGGGUUGCCUGUUACGUUCCCGCCGGUAGAUGGCACUGCGGCGUCGACAUGCACGAGCGGCUUUAGAGAGAGCGCGUGCACGAGACUCUUGUAUAUGGACACGCGCCUUUGUUUGUUUUGGUUCCCCCCCUGUUUAAGCAUUGGUUGAUGUAUGAGGGUGUGUCUUGAUUUACUCCAGGUGUCUGUGUUUUAGUUUGAUUGUGUUUGUUAUUUAAACCCCUUGUGUUGCUGUGCACUUCGCGCAGUAUUGAAUGAGUAUUUGAACCUGAAUGUAAUAGUGAAUACACUAUGCAUGCUAAGCGGUCUUGUUUGUGUGUCCUGUUCUCGUUCCAUGCCUUGACUUCAGUUCUAUGUUUAACCCGUUAAUCUUGUCCAGUAUAGACUGUGUUUCCUGUGUUUUGUCUGCUGUGUAAAAAUAAAGAUGCGGAUCUGCACCUGCUCCCGCCUCACUUCCCUGUAUCGUAACAGAAUACUGUGCCCACCACGCAGAAGCAGCAGAUCAAAAUGAACGCUGCCGAAGCUGCCGAGUUUGAGAAGUGACGUUGAUCGUUCUGGGAACAGAGUAACCAGAUAAACGAAGAACUUGCUCAGAUCAAACGCCUUCUGAAGCCGCUGCAGCAAGCUGGGCCACAUAUCACGUAGCCACCCGUGCAAGUUCCCCCGCCCCUGCUGCCGGAGAGCUACGCUGCGCUAUGUGGGCAGCUGAGCUACACGGAUUACUGGGGCUUCCCGCCGCUGGGGAACAACGCUGU